UGGAGGAACAUGCAAGUCAGGCAGCGAGGCCCAGGCAGGCUUUGUGGGGCCCCCUAACACCAACAGGCCAAGCCUCCAAGUUGGGGCUUUUACCCCGUUGUAAGGCUCUACAGGUCAGUGCCAGAGUGCCCCUUUCAGGUUUAAGGUAUAAACCUCUUCCCUGUUGUUUUCAUGGCCUCCAGUCAAGAAGGGGGCUUGCUGAUCAGCCCUACUAAGCGUUCGCCCUGGGUGACACUCUACAUAAAGUUUCACUGAGGCUCAAUGAAAUUGACAGAUCUGCCAGAGAGACACAGUGAGAGUUCGGAAGCAGCGUUCGAAUCGUUCUGCGCCGAACCGAGUGCCAGCAUUAACCCGCUGCAAGAACCCAUACAUUCAGAAUCUGCGCAAAAUACACAUAUCUAUAUUAAAAAUCCGCGCAAAAUACACAUGUACCUAAAUAUACAUAUUUACCUCCAAAGUAAUAAUUUCCGGGGGUACAGCCCAGGAAUGUACAUUUGAACUGAUGCCUCAGUAAUUCUCACGCAUGUUGGCCAGGUAAGAACUCAGUCGCAGCCCGUAACUGUGCAGCUCGGCCUAGGUCCACCCGCCGCCCGCCCCCGAGCCUCCUAAGGCCGCAGGCCACGCGCCCGUCCCUCUGGGGACAAUUAGGCCCCGGCCUUUUCCGCGGACUCCGCGCUCCGGGCCGCAGCGCCCCCUCGCGGUCGCCGGGGUCGGCAGCCUGUGGCUCGGCUGGUCUAGGGCUUCGAGCGGGAACGCUUCGAGAGCCCGCAACGGGAGUGACGAGCAUGCUUUCUGCCGGCAGCUUGGGGAAAGAGGGUUUCUGUCCCUCUGAGAGGCCAGCACGCCGAGGGUCCAAGCAUCAGGAGAUGCAGCCGGCACCUGGCUCCCACAGCACUGCCCUGGACGUGAGCGCUCCGCCCAACCCGACGGCUUCAGCUGGCGCGCGCGCCCGCGACCGACUUGCGCAGGCGCCCACAGGCCGCGCAGCCGCCAUUGCUCUCCUGCCACCGAAGGGAAUGCUUGUUGGCAGUCUGCGGGCCCGGAAGGAAGGCACCCACCCUGGAGCCAUGGUCCACGCCUUCCUCAUUCACACCUUGAGGGCCCCGAAUACUGAGGACACGGGACUUUGCCGAGUGCUCUACUCCUGCGUCUUCGGUGCUGAGAAGUCACCUGAUGACCCACGGCCGCAUGGUGCUGAAAGGGACAGGCUUCUCCGGAAGGAACAGAUUUUAGCUGUGGCCAGGCAGGUGGAGUCAAUGUGCCGGCUGCAGCAGCAGGCGUCUGGCCGGCCCCCCAUGGACCUGCAGCCGCAGUCCUCAGAUGAGCAAGUGCCGCUGCAUGAGGCCCCACGUGGGGCUUUCCGCCUGGCGGCAGAGAACCCUUUCCAGGAGCCACGGACGGUGGUGUGGCUGGGUGUGUUCUCAUUAGGCUUUGCCCUGGUGCUGGACGCCCACGAGAACCUGCUGCUGGCUGAGGGCACGCUCCGGCUGCUGGCACGCCUCCUCCUUGACCACCUCCGGCUGCUGGCACCCGGUACCAACCUCCUGCUGCGGGCUGACCGCAUUGAGGGCAUCCUCACCCGCUUUCUGCCCCAUGGUCAGCUGCUUUUCCUCAACGACCAGUUUGUCCAAGACCUGGAGAAGGAACUCAGUGCUGCUUGGCCCCGCUGAUUCCUCAUUGGGAUGGUGCUUCUGAGGGCGGGCAGAGGGUGGACACACAGCCAGAUGAAGCUUGGCAUCUACUGCCUGCUCCCAGUUCUGAUGUACUGCUAUACCAGGACAAGUGGGCGACACAAGCCUGCAGAAAGGGGGCUGGGCAGAGGGUGGAGGAGGUCCUGCCUAUCCUCAGGUUAGUGGAACCACAGAACAUCCUGAGCCUAGAGCUACUGUGUAACUUAGACCACUGCAGAGUGGCAGCCACGCUUGUCCUUGACCCCACCUUCCUCCAUCCCUGCCAGCCCUAGUGCUAGGGUAAGGAGCUGACUGGAACUCAGCCCACUCUUCUUCCAAACACACAGUCAAGGCCGGGCGUGGUGGCUCACGCCUGUAAUCCCAGCACUUUGGGAGGCCGAGGUGGGUGGAUCACCACAGGUCGGGAGUUCGAGACCAGCCUGGCCAACAUAGUGAAACCCUGUCUCCACUAAAAAUACAAAAAUUAGCUGGGUGUAUGGCACCCACCUGUCAUCCCACCUACCCAGGAGGCUGAGACACGAGAAUCACUUGAACCUGGGAGGUGGAGGUUGUAGUGAGCUGAGAGUGCGUCACUGCACUCCAGCCUGGGCAACAGAGUGAGACUCUGUCUCAAAAAAAAAAAACAAAAAAAAAAAACCAACCCACAGUCAUCGAAACACAAGGGGUCUCAGACUCCCCUGAGAGUGGAGCUGUGCCUGCAUGGUGGCAGGCCCCAGCCCCUGGCUUUGUGCCCACUUAGGCACUAUUAUCAACAAGGUCCUGCUCAGUGUCUAGCCCCCAAAGAGUUCAGAAAUGCAUCUGUCAAUCAGCAGGAGGAUUCUGCAGCUCCUUUUAUGCCAAGCCCAUGCCCACCAGGCAGGCUUGAGAUAAAAUCAUCACAGCCUUCCCUCAUCUGCAGGGAGAGAAGGUGCUGUCAGGUGAAUGUGAGCAGUCUAGCCUGGGUGAUGUAUUUCUCAUUUUGAAUUAAAAGCACUGGCUGUGUGAUUUCA